CUGUCAGUGGUGGAGACUAUAUGGAGUUAUCAUCUAUUCAGCUGCUGAUCCAGAUUUUUGAUGGAAGGAAGGGAUCUGCUCUUUCCGCCUUGGCUUUCUUCCUCCGUCAUUAUGGCUGUAAUUCAGCUUCCCUCCCCUGAUCCACCCCCUCACCUUUCUGACUAACACUGUUGUUGCAGCUAAGCAAGAUCAAAAGCUACUUAUAUUCAUUUGGAAAGGAAUACAGAGGGAUUUUAUUAACAGAACUCAUCCAGGUCCUGGAAUCUCCUGAUAAAUGGGAUAUCACAAGAAGACUUUCUGAGAUGGAGCCACAAUUGUCCUGGCAACUCUCUUGCAAAUGGCAAGUACUGGGCUUAUUUUUAUUAUUCAACUGGGUGUUGAUUACAGGACAGAUCCGCUAUUCUAUUGUGGAGGAAUCGAAGCUGGGGACCAUGGUGGGAGAGGUGGCACAUGACCUGGGCUUAACACUGGCAGAUCUUUCAAGUCGUAGGCUUUGGCUGGGCUCUGAGGAAAGUAAGAGGUACUUUGCAAUUAACUUGGACAGUGGUGCUCUGAUGGUGAAUGAAAAGAUAGAUCGAGAGACUCUCUGUGGAGCAAGCUCACUGUGCAUCCUGCCAGUGCAAGUGGUAAUUGAAAAUCCCUUGGAACUCUUUCACCUGGAGGUAGAGAUUCUGGACUUGAAUGACAAUUCACCCAGUUUCAUCACUCCCUGGCUUAUAUUGAGGGUAGCAGAAUCUGCUGCUACAGGAUCACGGCUCCCACUGGAGAGUGCGCAUGAUGCAGAUGUUGGGACCAAUGCAGUCAGUGCCUACCAGCUCAGUCCCAACCCCCAUUUCAUACUUGACAUCAAGAAUGUGAAGGAUGGCAAGCUUUUACCUGAGCUAGUGCUAGACCAGCCUUUGGAUAGAGAAAAGCAAUCAGAACACCAGCUCAUACUGACUGCCUAUGAUGGAGGGGACCCCAUCCUAUCAGGAACAAGUCAGCUCACCAUUGUGGUCCUUGAUAAUAAUGAUAAUGAGCCUAUGUUUGAUCUGCCUGUGUACAAGAUAAGUUUUUUGGAAAAUAUUCCUGUAGGCUCUUUAAUUUUUAAACUCAAUGCAACUGACCCUGAUGCAGGUUCUAAUGGGGAAAUACAGUAUUCUUUUGGAAUCCACACAUCAGAUUCCAUCCAGAUGUUGUUUCGUUUAGAACCCCAUACAGGUGAGAUCUAUGUCCAAGGAGUUGUGGAUUUUGAAGAAUCUCAAUUUUAUGAACUUCAUAUAAGAGCCAGAGACAAGGGUAUUCCACAGAUGGAAGGCCACUGUGUUAUCCAAGUAGAAGUUGAAGAUGAAAAUGACCAUUUCCCAGAGAUUCUGCUUACCUCCUUGGUAAAUCCACUGCCAGAAAAUAUACCUUUAGAGACAGUGGUGGGGCUUUUCAGUGUACGAGACCAAGAUUCAGGUGUCAAUGGAAAAGUAGGCUUGCAAAUACCAUCAAGCUUACCCUUUAAAAUUAAAUCUUUUGAAAAUCAUUUUUCCUUGAUUACACAUGAAAAGCUGGACAGAGAAAGAGUCUCUCAAUAUACCAUCAAACUCACUGCCCAAGACUCAGGAAUUCCACCUCUAACUAGAGAUUUGACUAUCUUGUUGAACAUUUCAGAUGUCAAUGAUAAUGCCCCAUCCUUCUCUCAGCAUUUCUACAACUCCUUCUUGAAAGAGAACGAUCCACCUGGCUCUCUGUUGUGUACUGUGUCUGCCUCUGAUCCUGAUGAGGGUGACAAUUCCCGGCUCACCUACUCAGUGGCUGGAAAUCAGAUCCAAGAUGCCCUUAUUUCUUCCUUUGUUUACAUCAACCCAGAUAAUGGAAAUAUAUAUGCCCAGCAUUCUUUUGAUUAUGAAAUGCUUCAAGUGCUGCAAAUCCUUGUUACUGUGCAGGAUGCUGGGACACCCCAACUAAGCUCCAGUGUCACUGUUUAUCUCUUCAUAUUGGACCAGAAUGAUAAUGCUCCUGUUGUUUUGUAUCCAGUGACUGGCCAGCAAUUGUCAGCACUCCAGAGAAUCCCUCUGUCUGCACCAGUAGGCUAUGUCGUCACAAAAGUCACAGCAGUGGAUGCAGAUUCUGGUCAUAAUGCCUGGCUCUCCUACUCCUUACUCCCCCAGUCUACGAAUGCCUCCUUGUUUCGAGUGGCUCCAUACACCGGGGAAAUUUGGACUGUUCGAAACUUCCAAGAAGCAGAUCUCCUUGCACAGAAAAUCCUUGUCCUUGUAAAGGACCACGGAGAACCACCUUUGUCCACUACUGUUACGAUCUUGGUCUCACUAGAAGAAAAAACACCUGAGGAAAGUCCACAGUCUCAUGAGUUCCUAAGUCAACCUAAAGAAAAAUCUGAUCUGACUCUUUAUCUGAUUAUAGCUCUGGCGGCAGUUAGCAUUGUCUCUCUCAUUACUUUAAUUGUCUUGUCUGCAAAAUGCUUUUGGAAUAGAAAAGGCAGAGAUUCUUCUUACAGCAUGAACAAUGCUCCUGUCAGGGAUCUUUUCAAACACUCCAGUCCUAAACUGCAACUGAACUCAGAUGGUACUCUGGAAUACAUGGAAGUGACACUGAGGCCUGCAGACUCCCAUAGCCAGUCCCAUAAAACCAGGCAUUCUCCAGGGUCAGACAGAAGUGAUUUCACCUUUAUGAGGCCUGUGUAUCCCCAGUCAAGUACUCUAACAAGGAACCUUGAUCCUUUUUUGUGUCAUAUUAAUACGCUAAACCAUCCAAAGCAGAUUCGUUAUUCUGUCCCAGAGGAACUCACUCGGGGAGCCUUUGUAGGAAAUCUUGCUAAGGAUUUAGGAAUGGAUGUAACAAAGCUUGCAGCUGCCAAUCUGCAGGUGCUUUCUGAUUCCGACUUCCAGUAUUUCUCUGUGAAUGUGAACACUGGAAUCAUAAUAAUCAAUGACAGAAUAGACAGAGAGCAGCUUUGUGGGCAGAACCUGCGGUGUUUCUUGCAUCUUAAACUUGCUAUUGAAAACCCGGUGGAGUUCUAUCGCAUCGAGGUGGAGAUUCUGGAUAUCAACGACAAUGCUCCUGAAUUCUCAAGUAGCACAAUCGUUCUGCAGAUCUAUGAAUUGGCUGCCCUGGGUGCCCGUUUCCCUAUCCCACAUGCACAGGAUCCAGACAUAGGAACAAACACUUUGCAAACCUAUCACCUCAGCAUCAAUGAGAACUUCAGCCUCAAUGUGAAGGCACGCACAGAUGGCACCAAAUUCCCAGAGCUAGUUCUGGAGAAAACAUUGGACAGAGAGCGUGUGGCUGUCCACAAUUUGAUCCUGACAGCUGAAGAUGGUGGCACAUUCCCCAGAUCUAGCACUGUACAAAUUGCUGUCCACGUUCUGGAUGCCAAUGAUAAUCACCCAGUUUUUGACAAACCCACUUACAAUAUCCGCUUGGUAGAAAAUUCUCCUCCUGGAACACUGGUGAUUAAGCUGAAUGCAACCGACUUUGAUGAAGGGUCUAAUGGACAGGUACGGUAUUCCCUCAGCAGUCAUAACUCUGAAGCAUUGUGCAGAAUAUUUGCUAUUGAUAAUAUCACAGGAGAAAUCCAUGUACAAGGGAGUCUUGAUUUUGAAGAAGCCAGCGUAUAUGAAAUUGAAGUGGAAGCUAAGGACAUGGGCUCCCCUACCAUGGAACAGCACUGCAGUGUUAUUGUAGAAGUGACAGAUGUCAAUGAUAAUGCCCCUGAAGUCAUUCUCACAUCUUUCUCAAGUUCCAUGAGUGAAGAUGCACCUCCUGGCACAGUGGUUGCUGUGAUACAUGUCAAGGACAGAGACUCUGGGGAUCAAGGGAAAGUCCAGUGUGAUUUGUCAAAAAACCUUCCUUUUAAACUUCGGAAGGAUUUCGAGCACCAGUACUCCUUGCUCAUUGGUGAGCAGCUGGAUCGUGAGAACUCUUCUCAACACAAUAUCACUAUCUGUGCCUUUGACUUAGGAAAUCCACGUCUCUUGCAAGAGAUAUCUUUCUCCAUUACUCUGGCAGAUGUCAAUGAUAAUCCACCUCAGUUUGAAAGGUCAUUUUAUGAAGUAAUCUUAGAAGAGAACAAUCCAGUAGGAGUGAUUCUCCUUAAAGUUUCUGCAACAGAUGCAGAUAAGGAUCAGAAUUCCCGGCUAUCUUACAUUGUUUUGGCCAGUCCAGGACAAGAACUGGUUGAAGAUCUCACUUCUUUCAUCUCCAUUAACCCAACAAAUGGGGAAGUUUUUGCAGAGAGCUCCUUUGAUUAUGAGCGUACCAAUCAUUUUCAGUUUCAGGUGGAAGCUUGUGAUGGUGGUUCUCCUUCUCUCUGCAACAGGGUUAUGGUGCACAUCUAUCUACUAGAUCAGAAUGACAAUGCACCAAAGAUUCAGUUUCCUUUUACUGGGAAAGAUUCAGUUGUACAAUUCAGGAUUCCUCGAUCUACAGUGGCCAAAGCUUUAAUCACAAAAAUUAUGGCAGUGGACUUGGAUUCUGGGCAAAAUGCUUGGCUCUCUUAUCAUCUAGAACAAGCCACAGAUCUCAGUCUGUUUAGCAUAACUCUUCACAGUGGGGAAAUGAGGACUAUGCGAAUAAUACAGGACCUAGACAGUCCUACUCAGGAACUAGUCCUGGUUGUCAAAGACUCAGGAGAACCUCCCAUGUCUACCUCAGUUACUGUGAUCAUAUUCCUGGAAGAGAGCACUCCUGAAGUGUUUCUAGGGUUAACUGCACACUCUCUGGAAAGUGAGAGACCACCCACAUUGACUUUGUAUCUUAUUAUCUCUUUGGCAGCAAUUUCUACCAUCUUGUUGAUUGUUUUGGUGGCCUUGGGAGCGAGAUGUCUCCACUGUGAUGCUCUCAUAACACCUACCAUCUUUGGAUGCUGUGGAGGUAAAGCUAAUGGGCUUGAAAAUGUCCCAGAUCACAUGAUGGGACAUUAUCAUUAUCAGCUGAGUCCUGGAGAUGCCAUGAUUGGAGUACAGGUAGCCACUUCAGGACCUCCAGUCCGAGGAUACAGAUCUUGCUUUUCUCCUGUGUCAGAUAUCAGCGAGUUUGUGUUUAUGAAACCUAAUUUGACUCUUAGGGCAGCCUCUUGCAGCAAUCUAACUGAAGCCAGCUUCUUUCAUAAGCCAGGCAUGGACAGCAGACAGAAUUUGCAAUGGCAGCCGCUGUUAUUUUUAGCAUCAGUGUUUUCCCUGCCAGAUCUCAUCUCCAUGCAGAUACACUACUCCAUCCCAGAGGACCAGGAUCCAGGCUCUUACGUGGGGAAUAUUGCCAAGGAUCUGGGAGUGGAUGUGCGGACUCUGCGUGCUCGCCGCUUGCAGCUGGUCAGUGAGGGAAUGCGCCACUACUUCCAAGUCAACCUGGCAGACGGCAUGUUACUCGUCAAUGAGAGGUUAGAUCGGGAAAUGCUGUGCAGUUCCAGCCCCAGGUGUUCUUUCCCUUUUCAGUUGGUGCUGGAGAACCCACUGCAACUUAACCGGGUGGAGGUGGAGAUACUGGAUGUGAAUGACAAUGCCCCCCGAUUCCCAAAGGACACUGUUUCUUUAGAAAUCACUGAGGUUGCCAACCUAGGUACCCGAUUACGGCUGGAAGUUGCAGAAGACCAAGACACCGGUUCCAAUUCCAUUGCAACCUAUGAGCUCAGCCCAAAUGAACAUUUUGCUUUGAGCAUCAAUAUCAGAGGAGAUGGGGUCAAAAUACCUGAAAUUGUAUUGGAAAAGCUCCUGGACAGGGAAAAAGCAGCUACCCAUCAUUUAGUCCUGACUGCCCUGGAUAGUGGAAAUCCUAUUCAGUCAGGCACUGUUCAGGUAACAGUCCAUGUUCUUGAUGCAAAUGAUAAUCCCCCAGUGUGUGAACCACCUGUAUCAAAGGUUUAUUUGGAGGAAAACAUCCAGGUGGGGACUGUUGUAACAAAACUCAAUGUUACUGACUUAGAUGAAGGACCUAAUGGAGAAGUUGAAUAUUUCUUCAGAUCCAGCAGCAGUGUACAGCUAAAACUCCUUGACCUGUUUAGUCUGGACUCUCAAACAGGGGAAAUCAAGACAAAAGUUUUAUUGGAUUAUGAAGAAGCCAAUGCAUAUGAAAUAGCCAUCUACAUUAAAGACAAGGGAUCCCCUGCCAUGGAAGGUCACUGCAAUAUUAGAGUAGAACUUGUUGAUGUUAAUGACAACAGUCCAGAGAUUAUGAUGACCACUCUUUCUAGCUCAGUGCAAGAAGAUGCACCCAUAGGGACAGUCAUUGCCCUUAUCCAAGCAAAGGACAAUGAUUCUGAGGAAAAUGGGCAAGUCCACUUAGAGAUUCCAAGACAUGUCCCAUUUAAAUUGGUAUCUUCAUUUAAAGGGCAUUAUUCACUAGUGACCAAUGCCCCACUUGAUCGAGAGAAGACUGCUGGAUACAGUAUCACAAUUAAAGCAACAGAUUCUGGAAUACCUCAAAAAUCAACUGAGAAAAAUAUAUUAAUUCAAGUUUCAGACAUCAAUGACAAUGCACCCACUUUCUCCAUUCCUUCCUACACAACCCAUGUGGAGGAAAAUACAUCUCCUGGAACUCUAGUCUUUUCUGUGUCGGCCUGUGAUCCAGAUGUAGGUGUCAACUCCAAGCUGUCUUAUUCCAUUGUGGACACCGGAAAUCAUGGCUUGCCCAUCUCAACCUAUUUCCACAUCAAUCAAGAGAAUGGCAGUAUUUACACCUCCAGGGUUCUAGACUAUGAGCAAGAAAAAGUCUUUCAAGUUUCAGUAGAGGUGAAGGAUUCAGGUUUCCCACCGCUAAGCAGCACAACCACUCUUCAUCUGUUCAUAGUGGAUCAGAACGACAAUGCGCCUGUAAUUGUACACCCAGAAGUUCCCAAGGGUUCUGCCUUUCAUCAGUCACUUCUAAUCCCAGUAGAACCUGGAUACCUGGUGACUAAAAUAGUAGCUGUGGAUGCUGACAGUGGCCAUAAUGCAUGGGUUUCAUACCAUUUGCUCCAUGAGACAAAUGAGGUGAAUGCUUUCAAAGUAGAAGGCCACUCAGGAGAGAUCCGUGUCACUCGGACACUGAGGGAGCCUGGGGUUUCCCACCGGUUGGUGGUAGAGGUGAGAGACAAUGGGGUGCCGUGUCUUUCAGCAUCAUUGAUUCUAAUAAUCUCCUCAGAGGAUAAUGCUGCACAAGACUUUACCAAAUCCUUGGACCUUCUCCCAAAGUCACCUGCCAGAGCCCAGAACUUAACUCUCUAUCUUAUCAUCUCUCUUGUGGCUAUCUCUCUGGUGUCUUGCGUAAUGAUGAUUAUUGUAGGAGCCAGGUGCUUCAAAUCUGGCUUCUGUGUCCCAAGCUGGAUCAUGUCACGCUGCUGUAGUAGGAGGACAGACCGGAAGUCUACCAUAAAUAUCAGUGGGUAUCCAAAUCCAGAAGGCUUUAUAAGAUACCUUGAAGUGAGUGGAGCUGGAGCUCAGAACUACAAGUCUUGUUUCUCUCCUAUGUCUGAGCAGGGAGAUUUCUUUUUUGUUAAACCUUUCAGUCAUUCCACUACAGCAGAAAGCAUUCUUGCCUUUGAACACACAGGCAGUGCUUUGCAGAACCCCUGUGAUGCGGUAAGAGAUACCAAGACAAUGCUGGAAAAUAUAUAA